UUGGUUCAACAAUGGGAGACGCAGCAAAGGGUUUAUCAUUUCCAGAUCGUAAUCGGAAUCGGAAUCGGAAUCCCGCAGGUUAACGUUCUCUCUCUCUUUAGCUUCUCUCCGGAUGGCCACCACCUCCGCCGUCGCCUCGGGUGCCAGAUCGAUGCUUCGAGCUGCUUCCUCUCGUAGCCGGUUCGCCUCUCAAGCGAAAUCCGUUCCUCCCAUGUUUAGAGCCACCUCUAGAAGAAGCUCGCUGCUUUCACCUCUCCGGAAUCGAGUUGAAAUGAGCUUCUGUGUGGAGUCAAUGUUACCCUACCACACUGCUACAGCUUCUGCGCUUAUGACUUCAAUGCUUUCUACCUCUGCCCAUACCUACGCCUGGCUCUCUCACGCUUGCAAUGAUAGAUGUGUGAUGAGUUAGCCUGGAGAUCACUGAAGCGACAUUUUAUGUUCAAAACCCUAAACCUUGUUUUUCCCCAAAACCUCUUGAUUUUCUUGGAGAGAUAGUGUUUGUUUUUAGCCUCUUUUGAUUUUUGAUUAAAAUGAGUAACUGAUGUUUUGGUAAAAUUUAUCAGCUUGCAUAGAGGACUUUUGAUGAUGUCUACAAGUACCCAAUGCGAAUCCAAGAGAAGGUUUUAUGAGAAUUUAGACCAAAAAAUAGUUGUUGUACUUCCCAAACACAAAUGAUCUCUUGUCUUCAGUUUUUUUUUUUUCCAUAUAGAAGACAGAUCCUUCAAGUUUAAAGAUCAACUAUCUGUUACAUCAACACACUCAACAUUGCAUCUCUGUUAUUGAAGUAUCUAUCUGUCUUCAAUUGUUUACCAAUAUACACCCAUUUUAAUA